AUGGCAUCUCCCCCAAUAGUCAACUUCAUCACGGGCAACGCCAACAAGCUGCGCGAGGUCAAGCACAUUCUGGAGCCCGCCAUCACGGUCAACUCGCAGAGCGUCGACCUGCCCGAGCUGCAGGGCACCGUCGAGGAGGUGACGCUGGAAAAGUGCCGCGUCGCCGCGCAGCAGGUCGGCGGCCCCGUGCUGGUCGAGGAUACCUGUCUUUGUUUUAAUGCCUUGGGGGGACUACCUGGUCCUUAUAUGUGA